ACUAGGAAAGCCGAAUACCCCUUAUCCAAAAUUCCAAAUGACCUCUCGACAUCCCCAACAGGCAAAAGCCCACACGACAUUUCCAACCACCAACGGUCACCACUCUCUCUCUCUCUCUCCCCCUCUCUUCUCGCAUGAAAUAUACAUACAUAAUCAAAAUACUUCUUGUGAGAGAGAGAGUGGGGAUUUAAAAAAUGGGCAUGCAACUACGGUCUAGCUAUUCCCGUAUUCAUCAAAAUGGUUCAAUGAUACCACCAGCAACAUCAUCUACAUCUUUGCGUUCAUUUGCUCCAGCAAUUUCAUUGCUAUUCAAGAACCAUUCAAUUCAAAACAAAGAUGUUGUUUUGGAGAGCUCUCUUGGUUGCAGCAUAGGAGGACCAAGAAGAAGAAGAGAAUAUGGGGUGGUGGCAUCAAGCUCAAGCCAUGUGGCUGCACCAUUUUGGGAUGGUUGGAAACCUCAGAAGGGCCCUGCAGCUCCUUCCCUUAGCGACAUUGUCUGGCCUUCUGCAGGGGCAUUUGCAGCAAUGGCAAUAUUGGGCAAGAUGGAUCAGAUUUUGGCCCCAAGAGGAAUCUCAAUGACAAUUGCACCUUUGGGGGCUGUUUCUGCUGUUCUCUUUGCUGCUCCCUCCUCACCUGCUGCUCGGAAGUACAAUAUGUUCAUGGCUCAAAUUGGUUGUGCAGCAAUUGGUGUUCUUGCUUUCUCUAUAUUUGGGGCAGGAUGGCUUGCUAGGAGCACUGCCCUGGCUGCUUCAAUUGCCUUCAUGAUUUACACAGGUGCAACUCAUCCUCCAGCUGCAAGUUUGCCUCUUCUGUUCAUUGAUGGAGCUAAGUUGCACCACUUAAACUUUUGGUAUGCUAUGUUUCCUGGCGCUACUGGAUGCAUUCUCCUUUGUUUGAUUGUAAGUUCUUUUAUUUUCCCCUGGCAUCUACAUUUAAUCGCCAAAGGUCUUAACAUUAAGAAACAAAAGCUCAUGGAAGAAUGGCCUAAUUAAUCUCAACUGGUAUAAUGAUAUAAUCAUCCUAUAGAUAAUAAAUCUGAAGAUAAAUCAUCAUUAAAAUUUAAGUACUGGAAAUGCUAUUUUUCCAUGUUCAAAAUACAGCAAAGGCCUAGCAUUUCUGCAUUUAGUUUAACAUGAAAAAGAAAUUAUUCUGGUGAUCACUAGAUGUCAUUAUUCCUUCAAAAUGCUAAAGAAUGACCUUAUAUUAGGAAAAUUUCUGUGGCUUCUGUUUCUAUGUAUGUGUUAUUGACAAGAGUGAUCACUGAUCUGUCUCCUUUCCUGUUCAACUGCUAUAGCAAGAGAUGGUGUUAUACUUGAAGGACAACUUCAAAUUUUGAUGUAUAAACAAUUCUGUCACAUGAAUGUCGUUUAAGUUUAUGCGGCCCUUUC